AACGCCUCUUAACUACAGCAGCCGCACACGCCAGUCCUCUGGUUACAUAGAUCACAGCUCAGCUGAGAGCAGCAAAGAUGUCGUGGCAAACCCAGCAGCGUGCGUUAUUUCUCCCUCUCGCCGUCCUCGUCCUCGUCCUCCUCGUCGCCGCCGCCGCUCCCUACCAAGCCAAUGCGCAGCCGGCGUCGCCAGCAGAGCCAACGGCCGCCGACGACGACGACACCUGCGCCGACCCGUCCCUGGACGGCGCGUGCCGCAACGUCCCCAAGGCGCUGCGCCUGAAGCUGAUCGCCAUCCCGACGAUCCUCGUCGCCAGCAUCAUCGGCGUGUGCCUGCCGCUCUUCUCCCGCGCCGUCCCGGCGCUCCGCCCGGACCGCAACCUCUUCGUCAUCGUCAAGGCCUUCGCGUCGGGCGUCAUCCUCGCCACGGGCUACAUGCACGUGCUCCCGGACUCCUUCAGCAACCUCACCUCGCCGUGCCUGCCCCGGAAGCCAUGGGCCGAUUUCUCCUUCACCACCUUCGUCGCCAUGCUCGCCGCCCUGUUCACGCUCAUGGUGGACUCGCUCAUGCUCACCUUCUACAACCGGAGGAAGGGCGGCAACACCACCUCCUCCUCCGGCCGGCGCACUGGCGCCGCGGUCGCCGACCACGAGAGCCCGGCGCAUGAUGGCCACCACUGGCACAGCCACGGCCAUGGCCAUGGCCAUGGACACGGGGGCAUCGUGGUCGCUGGCGACAAGCCCGAGGACGAGGAGGAGUCCACCAAGGUGCAGCUCCGCCGGAACCGCGUUGUCGUUCAGGUCCUGGAGAUGGGCAUCAUCGUGCACUCGGUGGUGAUCGGUCUGGGCAUGGGCGCGUCGCAGAACGUGUGCACGAUCCGGCCGCUGGUGGCGGCGAUGUGCUUCCACCAGCUCUUCGAGGGCAUGGGCCUCGGCGGCUGCAUCCUGCAGGCGGAGUACGGCGCCAAGAUGAAGGCCGGGCUGGUCUUCUUCUUCUCCACCACGACGCCGUUCGGGAUCGCGCUGGGGCUGGCGCUCACCAAGGUCUACAGGGAGAACAGCCCCACGGCGCUCAUCGUCGUCGGGCUACUCAACGCGGCCUCGGCGGGGCUGCUCCACUACAUGGCGCUCGUGGAGCUCCUCGCCGCCGACUUCAUGGGGCCCAAGCUGCAGGGAAGCGUCAGGCUCCAGCUCCUCUCCUUCCUCGCCGUCCUCCUCGGCGCCGGCGGCAUGUCCAUCAUGGCCAAGUGGGCGUAGAUGACUGCGCGUGAGCUGAGGCUACUGUGUGUCUACUGUUACACCAACACCGCCGCCGUAUGUAUCUGCAUCGCUGUUGUAUCAUUACACGCGCCCUUUGUUGGUUGCUCCGUGCUUCUGUCUCAUCGUCAAUAAUCAGACUCUAAUAAGCUAGGUAGAAGAAGCAGAUUAGUGUUGUUGUAUGUCAUGAUUGUGCAACGUCCACGGUAGACUAUCCGUCGGUAGUCGGUAUUACCAUAUGCAAUGCAAGUAGUACUCUAUGUAACACAUUCUGUUGUUAUAUUAGGGAGUAUCCUUCGUAUCUUUUUUUUUU